CAGAAGAAUUUGCAUCCGAUUGAGGCCAAAGUUUAUCCCUGGGAAUCUGCUAUUGAGAUAUACAACAUCUUAAAAGUCAUUUCCCCUAGAGGUGUGGUCUAAAACAGGAGGAUGAGCCAAGUGAUCGAGGAGACGAAGGCGGGGCUACCGACUAAUGAAGCUAUCAUUGAUGAUCUGACCAAGGAUCUGGAACAGUCAUUGGAAGGGAGUGGGUGUGCACCUGAGAUGGCAAACGAAGACGUUCCAGAAAUUGGCAGUGCAACCACCGCAGUAUCAGGGAAAGAGAAGGAAAGUGAUGCUGCAUUUAAAUCUAUGGUAGUAAAUGCCAGUGAGGGAGAAAAGGACAGCAAUCUUGACUCAUCCAGUGAUUCAGAUGAACCAAGCAGAACAGAGAUUGAGGAAGUUGUCAUUGAUGAAGAUUACCUCAAGGCGUUGGAAGAAAAGAUGACCACAGAAGAAAAGGAAGAAAACAGAAAGGAGUCUCAGGACCUGAAGUCUGUGGGUAACAAAUGCUUCAAGGAGGAGAAGUACAAAGAGGCAUUCGACAAUUAUGCACAUGCUCUGCAAAUAUGCCCAUUGUCAUUUUUCAAAGACAGGAGUAUCAUGUAUUCUAACCGUGCUGCUACGCGCCUUAGGCUCGGGCAAAAGGAAGAGGCAAUCCUGGACUGUAGUAAAGCUGUGGAAUUGAAUCCCAACUACCUAAAGGCAGUUUUACGAAGAGCACAAACAUAUGAGCUGUUGGAGAAACUGGAUGAGGCUCUAGAGGAUUAUCAGAAGGUCGUAAACCUAGAUCCCACAAACCAGGAAGCUCGUGAGGCAUGCUUGAGGCUGCCUCAUGAGAUUGAAGAGCGCAACGAGAAGUUAAAAACGGAGAUGAUGGGAAAAUUGAAAGACCUUGGAAACAUGAUUUUGCGACCAUUUGGAUUCUCGACAGACAACUUUAAUCUGGAAAAGGAUCCAAAUACUGGCAGUUAUUCCGUGCAGUUCAGCCAAGGGGCGCCCCCUCCUAAUACACCUGGCAAUGGCAAGUAGGUUUGAGUGUGCUGUAUCAGCCAACGAGAUAUAGCAUAGUAUAAUGUUAAUAAAGACAGGUAUGUCUUAUUCAUGUACUAGACAAUGGAUUACUCUUCGACUACAUUUAUCAGAUAAUUUUCUGCACCGUCAUUUCACUAAAUUUAAUUGUGUAUGGCUAUAUUUCCUCAUCAGUUCACUUAAAUUGCUUUUUGUCACCUCGAGGAUUGUAUGACAUCUGUUGCACUUCUACAGCUACAAUAAAAUUCAUUUUGAAUUGGGGUUUUGUCUAAACUAUGUUGAAUUAUCUUGCACAGUUAUAUUAAGCAGGUAAUUGUUAAUAUUAUUUUUUUAUGUGACUCUGGCCAAACCCAUUUUUCUCCCAAAAUUUACACACCAAGUAUAUAGUGGUUCUAAAAGUCACUGUUCAUGUCCAUCUAAAUAGUUUUUGAAAAAGACCAGGCAGGGGACUGAUUUUGUGGUUUUUUUUGAGGACACUGAACUAUCACAAUUUUAUUAUUAUUCCUCAAAUAUUUUGUAUCAUUGUAUAUGAAUACGAGUUUCUAUGUACGAAAUGUCCAAAAUGUCUUCUAAUACUUGAUAGAUAAAGGUACUGGAACUUAUCUUUCAUUGAAACACAUUAGUAAACAAACAAGUUCUGUUUGGUUUCCUUACAGUAAGCAACUUGAAACAUGGUGCUGUUAGUUGCUUAGCAUGAUUGCUUUGCAGGAUAGCUGCAAUGCAUUCGAUAUUACAGUGGAACAUGUAACCGGUUUAUCUCAACUUAUUGAAAUAGUCAUGCUUGUUAUUGAUUGUGGCUGUAUUGUAGCUAAUGGUAUUUAAUUAUUUGUAUGUCUAUAAAAGCAUUGAACCACUUUACAUUGUCCGUCAAAUAUGUCCUGGGCUACUAUUGUAUUGUAAACUGAUGAUUAGAGAAUAAAUGCUGUGAUAUUA